AUGAAGUCUGAUUAUGUGAAUGAUUAUUAUACGAAUAAUAUUUGUUGGAGUGGAGGAAAUAUACUUGCUGUAGCAACGGAGGAUAAGGCAGUUAAUUUGUGGAAUGCUAAUUUGGGGAGUGUUUGUGAAUUGAAACAAGAAAGUGAUAUCACUACGAGCGUUUCCUGGAACAAGGAUGGAUCCAUUUUGGCCAUAGGUUUCAAUUCUGGACAAAUUCACCUUUGGGACAUUGAGAGGACUAUUAAAAUUGGACAAAUUAGUGGACACAGGGACAGAGUGCCAGUUAUAUCUUGGAAUCCAGUUCAAAAGCACUUGAUUUCAUCAGGAUCGGAUAAUUUUGGAAAUAUUAUGACUCAUGAUAUUCGUUCUGGAGAAGUAAUUAGUUCAGUUGCAGGUAACUGUGCAAAAAUCUGCGGCUUAGAAUGGUCUCCAAAUGGACAACAAUUGGCUAGCUCAGGUUCAGAUAACGAAAUCCAAAUAUGGAAAGUCAAUGUUGAACAACCUGAAUUCAGACUUCAAAAGCAUAACAGCACUGUUAAGGCAUUAUCUUGGUCUCAUAAUUAUCAAUCACCCAAGCUAGCAAGUGGUGGUGGAGUCGGUGAUGGAAAGAUUUGCAUUUGGGAAACCGAAACUGGCAAAUUAAUAAGGAAAAUUAAACACCUCAAUUCACGAGUAUUUGGAUUGGUAUGGUCUAAGGUAUAUUCAAACUUGCUAAUUGGUUCGGCAAUGUCAAAAAACAAUGCAGCAGAAAAUAAUGCUAUUAGAGUAUUUGACAUUACAAAAGAGGAAGGUGAAGAAUUGUUGGUCAGUGAUGAAAUUACAGAUAAUAGAAUUUUGAAUAUUGUAGAAUCACCAAGAGGAGGAUUUGUUGCUGGAGCAUAUGACAACACUCUUUCGUUUUGGAAAGUUACAAAGGAUGGUCUAACACAACAAUCAUCUAUUAAGCAUAAUAGCUGCUAA